UCUGAGUUUGGAAAUAGAUCCUGUCCUGAGAGCUUUAGGUCAACAGGAGUACGAGCAGUAAUGUAUCUAUUCAUAACAGCAGCCUUCAUUCUCACUGUCUUAGGGAACUUGGCCAUAAUUGUUUCCAUCUCUUAUUUCAAGCAGCUUCAUUCUCCAACCAAUUUCCUCAUCCUGUCUCUGGCCAUCACGGAUUUCCUGCUGGGCUUUGCCAUCAUGCCCUACAGCAUGGUGAGGUCUGUGGAGAACUGCUGGUAUUUUGGGAUGACGUUCUGCAAACUUCAUUACAGUUUCGACCUGAUGCUCUGCUUGGCUUCCAUUUUCCAUCUUUGUUCCAUUGCCGUGGAUCGGUUUUACGCCAUCUGCCACCCUCUGUAUUAUGCCAGCACCAUCACUGUCAUGGCUAUAAAACAAAUCGUAGUAGUGUGCUGGUCAGUGCCCGCUUCUCUUGCUUUUGGUGUGGUUUUCUCAGGAGCUUACGCUUCUGGAAUUAAGGGCUAUGAAAUGCUGGUUAAAUGCGCAAGCUUGUGUCCUAUUUUCUUCAACAAACUGUGGGGGGUUCUUUUAUUUACAGUUGGUUUAUUUGUUCCUGCUUGUAUUAUGAUAGGGAUUUAUGUUAAAAUUUUUACAAUCUCCCAAAGGCAUGCAUGUGAGUUGAGCCAGGUACAUGGGCACACAAAGAGGGAUAAGAGAAAUGAGCUUUCUAAGAGUAAAGAUAGGAAAGCUGCCAAGACUUUGAGUAUAGUUAUGCUGGUUUUCUUAAUAUGUUGGUUUCCUUGCUUUUUCACAAUCUUGAUAGAUCCCUUUUUAAAUUUCUCUACACCUUUACCUUUGUUUGAUGCUCUAAACUGGCUUGGAUAUUUAAAUUCUUUCUGCAACCCAUUAAUAUAUGGAUUUUUCUAUCCGUGGUUUCGAAAAACAUUUAAAUAUAUCUUAAAAGGCAAAAUACUUAACCCACGUUUUCGUACAAUAAAACUUUUUUCUGAAGAUCAGUCACAGUAG